AUGCUCCUGCUGCUGGUCCUCUGCUGGUCCUCUCCGGCGCGCGCCAAAAACGCGUUCCCGAUGCGCGCCGCCUACAGCCUGUACUCCAACGGACACGCGCAAGGACACGCGCACGGGGCACGCGAGGCCAGCAGGCACAGGAACUGGUGCUCGGUUGUGGUGCCGCGGACCGUGAGUUGUGUGGUGGAGGACGGAGCAGAGGCCUACGUGAAGCCGGACUAUCAUCCAUGUGCCUGGGGGAGCGGCCCCUGCACCAGAGCUGUCGCAUACCGGACCUACAUGCGUCCUCGGUACAAAGUGGCCUACAAGAUGGUGACGGAGCUGGAGUGGAGGUGCUGUCAGGGCUUCAGCGGACAGGACUGCAACACGCCCCCUGCAGGAGGCACCGGGGUACUGCCUGGACACACUGACUACGGAACAGGAGGAGCCAAUGGGAACACAGGAAAUGGCUACGGAACAGGAGGAGCCAAUGGGAACACAGGAAAUGGCUACGGAACAGGAGGAGCCAAUGGGAACACAGGACAUGGCUACGGAACAGGAGGAGCCAAUGGGAACACAGGAAAUAGUUACGGAACAGGAGGAGCCAAUGGGAACACAGGAAAUGGCUACGGAACAGGAGGAGCUAACACCAACCAGAGACCCGGUUUUGAAACCGGGUUUGGAUCUAAUACAAACACAGGACAAGGAGGAGGUGGAACUAACUAUGGGACGAACUAUGGUCAAGGGGGAGGGCAGUUUGGACAGGGGGGAGGGCAGGUUGGACAGGGGGGAGGGCAGUUUGGACAGGGGGGAGGAGGAUCUGGAUCAGGACAGAGCGGAGGAAAUACAGCUCGUGUUGAGAGUGAGAGGGUGCGACGGCUCGAGGACCGGAUCCAGACUCUGACAAAGACCCUCCAGGACCUGCAAACUAGCUUCACCCAGAUGACCCGGCCACAAGGGGGCACCAGCGGGGGGUCCUGGUCCGGAGGAGGCAGGAACCCGGCUGACGCGGCUCAACCAGAGAUCACAGAGACCAUCAACAGCAUUCAGACCAAACUGGAUCAGCUCGACAACCGCACCCAGGCUCAUGACAAGACUCUGCUGAGCAUCAACAACCAUCUGGGGAACGGGAAAGGGAACGAGCUGGGUGGGGGCUCAGGGGGGACCUCUGGGGGGGCUGGGGGACCUCUGGGGGGGUCCCACACCUCCCUGAAAGAGGAGAUCCUGAGAGAGCUGGAGAGAAGAGUGUCGUUGUCCUGCUCCUCCUGCCAGGCCGGGGUGGAGGACCUUCGGCGCCAGCAGCAGGACGACCGUGAUCGGAUCCGUGCUUUGGAAAAACAGCUCAACCUCCUGGACUCACGGCACCGGCAGAACCUGGACGGACUCAGGCGAGACCAGGGCCGGGUCCAGGACUGCUGCUCCAACAUCCAGGACCUGCAGACCCGGGUCUCCAACGCAGAACGCAAGAUCAGCUCAGCCUCGCAAAGCCUGGACCUGCUCCAGAACAAAGUGGACAAUGGCGGACCAGAGAGCGAGAGAGAGAGACCAGAGAGAGAGAGAGACCACACAGGAGUACAGAUCAACCUUCGAGAUCUGGAGCGACGCUUCAACGACACCAUCCAUAAAACCAUGCUUCAGUACUUCCACGGGGAGAUGGGGGAGAUGGCGGACCUGAAGACCGUUCUCCUGGACCGCUUCGACGACCAGGGGUUCCGGAUCAGCGACGUGGAGCUCGACGUGAGUCACGGAAAACUCAAGACGGACGCUUUGAGCCGCCGCCUGUCCGACCUGGAGAACGCCACGAUAGCGAUCGGGAGCAGGUUCGGAAUCAUCUGGAGGUUCGAGAUGGUCUGGUGGUACUGGAUCCUCUGGAGGUUCGGGAUCUUCUGGUGGUACUGGAUCCUCUGGUGGUUCUGGAUCCUCUGGAGGUUCGGGAUCAUCUGGUGGUACUGGAUCAUCUGGUGGUACUGGAUCCUCUGGAGGUUCGGGAUCAUCUGGUGGUACUGGAUCAUCUGGUGGUACUGGAUCCUCUGGAGGUUCGGGAUCGUCUGGUGGUACUGGAUCAUCUGGUGGUACUGGAUCCUCUGGCGGUUCUGGGUCAUCUGGAGGUUCAGAAUCAUCUGGAGGUUCUGGAUCCUCUGGUGGUGUUGGAUCAUCUGGAGGUUCGGGAUCAUCUGGUGGUGUUGGAUCAUCUGGAGAGGGGUGGAGGAAGGCGGCCGAGAAGAGGGCACCAGGCCACAGGGUGGUGGUGCUGGGCGACCUGGGACGGGUGGAGCAGAAGGCGGGACGCAGAAGUCUCUGGAGUGGAGGGUGGUGGCCAACGAGGACCGGAUACGACACUUCAACACCCAACUCAAGGACUUGUCCGUGACCGGAGAGUCGCUCCAUGACAAGGUGGUGGACCUGAGCCAGGACGUACGAAAGAUCAAAGACUUGACCGGAAAUCAUGGAGAGAACUUCCACCGCAUCGUGACGGAGGUGGAGACGCUGGGACACGGCUGUGAUCUCUGUGGACGCAUCGAAGACGAGCUGAAGAAGGUCAAGAACUCCUCUCACCAGGCUCUGGUCCACAUCCAGGACCAGAUCCGGACCAUCCAGAUCCGACUGAACUCAGGCCCAGAUCGAGGGACCAGUCAGGACUCAGGAGGCGCAGAAUAUAGAGACCUCUGUUGCUCCAGACUCCAGCAGCAGCUGCAGCUCCUCAGACACGACGUCCAGAUGUGCAGCAGUCAGUGCAGAGGUGCGGACCCCGGGACCCCUCCCCUCAGCGGCCCCUCCCCAGCGGGGGUGAAGCCUCUGGACGGACACAGUGUGAUCGGAGCGCCUCUUGGUGGAGAGCAGCUCAGAGCGCUGCAGAACCAGCUGUCAGAGGUCAUCGUCUCGUUCAGCGCCGUCAACGAGUCUCUGCACCACCUGCAACUCACGGUGCACAAGCACCACAGUGUCAUCACCGACCUGGGAAACACCAAAGACAAGAUCAUCUCGGAGCUGGACAAGAUCCAGAUGGAGGUGUCGGAGCACGUGGAGCAGAGCAGGCAGCACUGGGACGACCUGGCCCAGGACAGACGCGACUUCGAGGACAACGUCCUGACGGAGCUGGGGGAGUGCAGGAGGUCAGGGGAGGACCUGGAGAAGAGACUGUCCACUCUGGAGGGUCUCUGCGGCCGCAUGGAUGGGGUCACGCACUCCAUCGGCAAGAUCAAAGAAGGUCUGAGUCGUCACGUCUCCAGUCUCUGGUCGUGUGUCGCGGACCUGAACAACACACUGGUCAUUCACAAUGGUCUCAUUGAGGUCCUCACGGAGAAUCAAGACCAAGACCACCGGCGGAUCAAGACCCUCAACUCCACCCUGAACCAGGCCCUGAAGGGAAGAGGGCCGGGGGAGGACAGUGGGAGAGGACUCCCAGGGCCUCAGGGGGAGCGGGGGUACCCAGGUUUGAGGGGUCUUCCUGGGUUGCCAGGACGACACGGUGACGUCGGACCUCGAGGACCUCCAGGCCCCAAAGGAGAAACAGGUGGACCUGGUGUGGACUCCCUGGUUCCCAAACUGUCCUUCUCUGCUGCUCUGACCGUCCCGAUGGAGAAACCCGGGACUGUGGUGUUCGACAAGAUCUUUGUGAACGAGGGAGACUUCUACGACCCCAAAACAGGUGUGUUUACGGCUCCGGUGGACGGUCACUACUUCUUCAGCGCCGUUCUCACCGGAUACCGCCACGAGAAGCUGGAGGCCGUGCUGUCACGCUCCAACUACGGCAUGGCGCGGGUGGACUCGGGUGGGUACCAGCCGGAGGGUCUGGAGAACAAGCCCGUGGCUGAGGCUGAGGGCAGUGCGGGGUCUCUGGCCGUCUUCAGCCUGGUCCUGCCCCUCCAGGCCCAGGACACGGUCUGCAUCGACCUGGUCAUGGGGAAACUGGCCCAUUCUGUGGAGCCGCUCACCGUGUUCAACGGGAUUCUACUGUACGAGGACAUCUGA